AUGGUACGAGAUAUUUGGACUGAGCUUAUCAAUAAGACUCGAAGAAAGGAUGACGAUACCUCUGGGAAGACGAUAAUUGUUUGUUGUCCCAGUAAAGACACAAUGUAUGAAUUUCAAAAGAAGUACUAUCCUACUGAACUACAAGAGAGCAUCGAUGAGAAACCUACGACGCAACUACAAUUCCAUUACAUAAUGGAUACCAGUAGGAGCGAAGAUAUCGAUAGGUCUCCACACGGUAUCGUUAACAUCUAUUCGAUGGUCUCUCCGGUAGAACACAGUACAUUGUCCCUACUACACCCAAUAAUAGAGCAAAUUCGUGGCAACGUCCAACUAUGCGUAGUAUUAGACUGGUCAAAGAAUAGCCAAAGAUCAUGGCUGCGGUAUUUGAAUGAUAUGUUCAAAGAAUUGCAAGUUUUCGAGUCGUUGAUGCAGUUACAUGUAAUAUGCGUGAACUCAAAUGUCAUCUGGGAAUUGCAGAGAAGCUCAACAAGUUGGAACACAAGACUAAUUGGAUUUGUGCAGCAAUCACUGAGAUCCUUUUGUUUAGAAAAAAAUGGUUCAUUAUAUUUUCUGCAAGAAAACGGUACCAUCGACAUUUUAACCGAUAUUAUCCAUGAAAACACCCACGACGACACCAGAAUUGAGAUGAUUGACAUCUCCAAAACAUUCAUUCCUAGUGGCUCGGAUUCUUUUGGGCUGAUAAAAACGAUAGAUGACACAUUCGAUCCAUCAAUUGCAACUACAGAUGAAUUUAUCGCCACACAAUACGAAAAAGCUGUUCCAGAAGCUUACAAGCCAUCUUAUGGCAACAGCGAGCUCCUGAAAGGUGCGAGCUAUACUGUCUACGAAGACCCACAAGCGUCAGAUUACUACCAGACCUUAUUAGAUUUUGAUGUCCAAAAGAAGCUUUCGGAAAUAAAUAAAACCUACAGAAGCAAGCCAUUGACAUGA